CCGAUAAAAAACCAUCUAAAAAAUCUAAGGUAUCAAAGAAAAAAGAAAAUCGACAGUCACCACCGCCUGUCUUACCGGUUAUUUAUACUGAUAUUGGCGAGAUGCCAGAGAAUGCUACUCUAUCUGACGAAGAAAAAGAGGUUAAAAAGACUGGAUAUAAUAAACCUCUUUGGAACACCAUACCAAGCAAAACUGGUGGUAUUUUAGAUGUAGAUUUUUCCGGAGUAUCAAAUGUAGAUCUGUCAACACCAUUAGGAGAAGAUGAAAAAUUUCCACAGAUUGCAGUUUAUCUUGCUCCUGAGGAGGUGCGAAGGCGAGAAGAGGAAAGGGCAAGACGGAGAUUUGCAGAAAAACGAAUAAAAUUGGCACAAGAAGGAUCAUCUCGAACUAAAAAAAACAAGGGCGAAAAGCCAAAGUCAAAGGUUUCUUUAGAGGCUACAUCAAAAGCAAAAAGUGUGGAAAACAACGGUGAACAAUCUUCUAAAUCUAAGAAGGUCCCCAAGAAAAAGCGAAUCGAGCAGACUGAAGAGAGCAAGAAAAAAGGAAAAAAGAGAGAAAAAAAAUCCAAGAAGAAUUUAAUAUCGGAUAACGCCACAUCAGAACACAAUGAUAAUAAUGUGGUCGUAGAACCCUGUCAAGUUAGUAAUGUUACAACCAAAACAUUGGUAGAUUCAGAUGAUAUUCAAGUUCUUUACACGUUAAGAUUGAGUUCUCCUACGGAAGUCAAAAACGAACCACCCGCAAUGAUUACAGAUUUCAUUAUUAGUAAUAAUUGUUCAUACAAAUGCUCUCUUUCUAAAUUGGCAUUUGUUUUUGAAUCAACAACAGACAUUCAAUUUGAUAAAACAUUAGUAGAAAUAGAGGAUAACUUGCAAUAUGGUGAGCAAAAAAGCGUGACAAUAGAGUUUAAAGUCUUGGGAAUAGUUGGUGCGGGCUUAAGUAUUUCUGGAAACAUUACGUAUGAAAUACAGUCGGAUCAAGAAACCAAGACGAAUCCUGAUAUACCAAUAAGAUUUGAGUUACCUAUGGCUGUUUUUAUGUUGGACAUUCCAAAAAUAACGCCAGAAGAGUUUACGUCGUGUGUUUCUCAAACAGCAGACUUUCCAUUUACUGGAUCAACAUCUAUACGCCUAAAUACUUCAACUAAUUUAAUUGAACAAUCUUUCCAAAACGAUGUAAUACGAUUAAUAUCAUUAGCCACCGGGACACAUGUUGUUGAGCAAGUUCCAGGUGCUAUAACUAUGUAUGGUAGAAGUGUGCAAGGAUAUCAAGUCGCAGGGUUAGCAAAAUUCACCAUUGAAAAAAAUCGAAUGUCAGAAGAAAAUGAAAUUCCUGAUAAUGCACAGAAUACAAGUGUUCGCAUUGAACUUAAAUGCACAGACCAAGCAUUUGUUGAUGGUUUAAUCAGAGAGAUUGAUUAUUUGUUUAGAAAAGAGUUGUGA